CAACGAUCAAUCUCGGCCAACCCGCGUGCUGCCGACCGCAUAUUAGAUCAUGUCCGAAUUUUGGGUCGCUGGCAAGAAAUGGUGGUGCCAAUACUGCCGGUUGUUCAUCACCGAUAACAAAAUCAGCCGGCAAACACACGAAGGAGGCAAAAAGCACAAAGAGAACGUGGAGCUAUACUUGCGAGAUGUCACCAAAAGAUCCGAGGCCAAACGCAAAGAAGAAGCCGAGACCCGUCAGAUGCUGGAGAAGAUCGAAAAGGCAGCCGUGAAGCAGUUCGUUCAGGAUGCAGGGCUACAAGCGGCCCAGCAAGCCUAUGCGCAUGAUGCAGCCCGUCAAGAGCCCAAAGUGUAUCCAAAGAUCAAGGCGGAAACGGCAUCGUCCUCGGCCGUGUUUGAGGAGGAAGGCGCAGACGAAGCAGCAGCGGGCCUUGAUGACGAAGGCAAAGGCAAGGAGUCGGUUGGAGCUCGCAAGUCCGAGAUCCCCGAACACAUGGGCAUUCCGGGCGAAUGGACGAUCGUCGAGCUCCCUCCUCAAGCGGCUGCUGCGGAUGAGAAGGAUGGAACUGAAGCGCGCAAACGAGAGCUCAUCGACGAUCCCAACAACGACGAUGAGGCUGGCGAGCCCGAAUCGGCCAUGGUUUCGUUCAAGGUGACUGAGAAGGUUACUCGGGCGGGGAUCCUGGACGACGAAGACGAGUCCGGCAAGGCUGUGACAUUCAAGAAGCGAAAAGUAGCUGCGAGAUCAAAUGCAAGGCGAACAAAGUGAUGGCCUCGAGCAGGCAGCUGCAGCCAAUAUGCAGCAAUAGUCAGCAAUAGCCAGCAAUAGCCAGCAAUAGCCAGCAAUAGCCAGCAAUGGUCAG